UUUGAGUAAAGAGAAAUGAGCCGAGAAGCAGUAACAGUGGGACCAGGGAUGGAUAUGCCAAUCAUGCAUGACAGCGAUCGUUAUGAGCUGGUUAAAGAUAUCGGUUCUGGGAACUUUGGGGUGGCUCGGCUGAUGAGAGACAAGCAGACUGAUGAGCUUGUUGCUGUUAAGUACAUCGAGAGAGGUGAGAAGAUAGACGAAAACGUACAAAGGGAAAUCAUCAACCACAGGUCGCUAAGGCAUCCGAAUAUCGUCAGAUUCAAAGAGGUAAUAUUAACACCGACACACCUGGCCAUUGUAAUGGAAUAUGCAUCCGGAGGAGAGCUUUUCGAGCGGAUAUGUAAUGCCGGCCGGUUCAGUGCCCGAUCCGCACGCUUCUUCUUUCAACAGCUUAUAUCGGGAGUCAGUUACUGUCAUGCAAUGCAAGUAUGCCAUCGAGACCUGAAAUUGGAGAACACGCUACUUGAUGGGAGUCCAGCUCCUUGCUUGAAGAUUUGCGAUUUCGGGUAUUCCAAGUCUUCAGUGCUGCAUUCACAACCGAAAUCAACCGUUGGAACUCCCGCUUAUAUAGCUCCUGAAGUGUUACUGAAGAAAGAAUAUGAUGGAAAGAUUGCAGAUGUCUGGUCUUGUGGUGUAACCUUAUACGUUAUGUUGGUUGGAGCGUAUCCAUUCGAAGACCCCGAGGAUCCUAAGAACUUCCACAAAACAAUUCAUAGAAUUUUAAAUGUCCAGUACUCAAUCCCUGACUACGUUCAUAUAUCGCCUGAGUGCCGUCAUCUGAUGUCAAGGAUCUUUGUGGCUGACCCUGCAAAGAGGAUAUCCAUUCCCGAAAUUAGGAACCACGAGUGGUUUCUAAAGAACCUACCAGCAGACCUCAUGGACGAGAAUACGAUGAACAAUCAGUUUGAAGAAACCGAUCAACCGAUGCAAAGUGUCGAUGAGAUCAUGCAGAUCAUUUCUGAAGCCACUAUCCCUGCGGCCAAUACAAAUAGUCUCAAUCAGUAUUUGACCGGUAGCCUGGACAUCGACGACGAUAUGGAGGAGGACCUAGACAGUGAUCCCGAACUUGACAUUGAUAGCAGUGGAGAGAUAAUAUAUGCAAUGUGAUUAUAGCCAUGCACAUGUGCAGAGAAGGGUGAUCAUCCAACAUUCAUUGAAGUUUUACACCCUGAACCUUUCGGGGAGAAACGACAGAAGAGGCUAUCAUUUUAUUGUAAGCAUGGGACAGGAAAUACUGGGUUUUUCUCCAUGUCAAGCCAGAAUCCAGCAUUUCAUCGGUAUUGCCGUUUAUGUACUGUUUCUUUAGUCUUGUGACAACAUGUAAUGAAGUGUUGGCUGUCUUUUUAACUGCACUGGUGUGGUGACUCAUUGUCUCCAUUUCUAGAAAGUUUGUUGUAUAACUUUAUACAGUACAUGAAAUGAACCUUUA